GACACAGCAUGUGGCUCCCUUGUCUUGCAGCUGAGAUAUCAACAUGGACUGACCACCCCAGACCUGCAGCAGACGCUACCCAACCUGAAGAACUUCCUGGAACAUGGGCUGAUGGUGCGAUGUGACCGACAUCAUGUCUCCAGCUCCAUCCCAGUGCCCACCAAGUCUCAGCUCGGUGUGUCUGCAGCUUCCGAGCUGGCCUAUCCCAGCCACACCAGCUCCCCAGACCGAGGCCUGAGGAACAGAGCGAGUUCAGAGGCUGAAGCAGAGCUUAAAUACAAGCCAGCGACCCCUCCACCCAGCUACAAUACAGCCAUCAGUGAGGGAAAGUCCCAGGUUGGCCUGGCACCGCCUUCGCCGUCACCAUCACCCACACACUUGUCAUCCUCCCUUGAUCCAAGCAAGGCCCCACUUGACCUGUCCACGAAUACGGAAACCAUUGUGGAGGAAGAGCAGGAGGAAGAGAAGCAGGAGGCUGGAGGCGCAGCGGUGGAGGAAGGACGUAAAACUGCUGAAGGAGAGAGCGAACGACAUAAAGAGAACAAGAGCGAUGAGAUGGAGGAGAACCCGUCCAGCAGCUCAAUGAUACCAAACUCUUCUGCGGUGCAAGACACUGAUGAAGAAGCGAUGCCCGCCGCCCAGCACCCAGGUGCCAUGAAUGGCUCCUUAGUAUUAGAACAGGCGCCCAUCAGCCUGAUCCCAGAGCUGCGCUGCUCGGUGGAACAAGCGGAGGAGAUCAUGGGCACAGAGGCCACUGGUUUAGGUCUGGGAUUAGCAGAUGAAGCCCGGCUGGAUGACUACCGUUGCAUCCCCGUAGACCACGCCGUAGCUGUGGAGUGUGACGAACAAGUGCUGGGAGAGCUGGACAUGGCCGGCUUCGAGGAGUUUUCCAGGCGAAUCUAUGCACUGAAUGAGAACAUGUCCAGUUUCCGUCGGCCACGCAAGAACUCUGAGAAGUAAGGCUCGAGGAGAGACGAAGGCAGGAAACUUGCACAGAUGCUUUUGGGCAUGCGAGGCUUGGAGGACGUGUGUGGCGCUCGCUCCUUAACCAUAGCAUAAAAACAUCGUAGGAGCUCUUCUGGAAAAACAACCAAUUUGCACUUAUUGUAAACAUUUCCAUAAUAAACUUUAAAUAAGAAGCAGUUGAAAGUGUAAGUACUGGGACAACGAGCAGGGCUCUGUUCAUGCAAACUUUAAUAUAUUUUACAAACAGAUUCAAAACAGUUUUAAGACCUUUUAGAUCCACAGAAGGAUUUAGCCUCAGUUGAAGUAACCCCCCCCCCUCUGUUGUUCCAGUAAACGGGACCAUUACUUGCCUCCUUUUAGAUCCACAGCCAGAGUGCAGCUCCCUCCUGAUCACUCUGCUAGUCUUUUGAAUUAGUGCGUUUUUUCUUUUCGAGAGUCGGAUGUCCCAGUAAUUCCACCUUCGACUGCACGAGCAAACGUUAAAA